UUUUGACUUUUCUUCCUGAGUGUCUCCAGCUGUUGGGGUCUAAAAGCAUGGAUUAACUUCACUUAACUGCAGCACAGUCAUGUGCAAAUCCUCCAUCUGACACCCUAAAUACAUAUUUUCAGGAAACACAGGUUUUCUUGCGGGACUUUGCAGGGCCCCUCACAGUGUUUGGGUUGAGAGUGAGUUUCCCCUCCCCCUGAGCGAGUGUCACUCUCUCAAAACAACAGAAGCGCCGAGGCACGUUCAGUCGAGGCGUUCAGGUCUCCACACAGCGUAUGUGAUGGAACUGAUGUUCGCUGAGUGGGAAGAAGGAGAGAGGUUCUCCUUUGAAGAUUCGGACCGUUUUGAGGAGGACUCGCUGUGCUCAUUCAUAUCAGAGGCGGAAAGUCUCUGCCAGAACUGGAGAGGAUGGAGGAAGCAGUCUGCCGGCCCAAAUUCACCCACUGUGAAGAUUAAAGAUGGACAAGUCAUCCCUCUGGUGGAGCUGUCGGCCAAGCAGGUGGCGUUCCAUAUUCCAUUUGAGGUGGUGGAAAAGGUCUAUCCUCCGGUUCCUGAGCAGCUGCAAUUGCGGAUUGCCUACUGGAGCUUCCCAGAGAACGAGGAAGACAUCAGAUUGUACUCCUGUUUGGCCAAUGGCAGCCCUGAUGAGUUCCAGCGUGGCGAGCAGCUCUAUAGAGUGAGGGCUGUGAAAGACCCUCUGCAGAUAGGUUUCCACCUUAGUGCCACAGUAGUGUCGCCCCAGGCUGGCCAAUCAAAAGGAGCCUACAAUGUAGCUGUAAUGUUUGACCGCUGCCGCAUCACUUCCUGCAGCUGCACCUGUGGAGCAGGAGCCAAAUGGUGUGCCCACGUCGUGGCCCUCUGCCUCUUCAGAAUUCACAAUGCUUCUGCUGUGUGUCUUCGAGCACCGGUGUCAGAGUCCCUGUCCAGAUUACAGCGGGAUCAACUCCAGAAGUUUGCACAAUACCUCAUCAGUGAACUCCCACAGCAGAUAUUGCCGACAGCUCAGCGUCUUUUAGACGAGCUUCUGUCCUCCCAGUCUACUGCUAUUAACACCGUGUGUGGAGCCCCGGAUCCUACUGCUGGCCCUUCGGCGUCUGACCAGAGCACCUGGUAUCUAGAUGAGUCCACCCUCAGUGACAACAUAAAGAAGACCUUGCACAAGUUCUGUGGCCCGUCACCUGUUGUGUUUAGUGAUGUGAACUCCAUGUACCUGUCAUCCACUGAGCCUCCGGCAGCUGCUGAAUGGGCUUGUUUGCUGAGGCCCCUGCGAGGUAGAGAGCCAGAGGGCAUCUGGAACCUUCUGUCAAUCGUCAGAGAGAUGUUUAAGAGGAGAGACACCAACGCUGCGCCUCUGUUAGAAAUCCUCACUGAACAGUGUCUCACCCAUGAACAGAUCAUUGGCUGGUGGUAUAGUGUGAGGACUUCCGCCUCUCACAGCAGUGCUAGUGGGCACACAGGUCGCAGUAAUGGCCAGACAGAGGUUGCAGCACAUGCGUGUGCCAGCAUGUGUGAUGAAAUGGUUGUCUUAUGGAGACUGGCAGUACUAGACCCCACCAUGAGUCCCCAGAGGCGUUUGGAAGUUGCUGCCCAGCUAAAGCAGUGGCAUCUGAAGGUAAUCGAGAUUGUGAAACGGGGUCAGCACCGCAAGUCUCUUGACAAACUCUUCCAGGGCUUUAAACCAGCUGUGGAGUGCUGCUACUUCAACUGGGAAGUGGCCUACCCUUUACCUGGCAUCACCUAUUGCAAUGCAGAUAAGAAAAAUGCCUCAUUUUGUUGGGCCAGGAUGGUGCAGCAGCAGAGGGGUGCUAAAGCUGGGAGCAGUGGGGAACCAGGAGAAGGAGCUCGCUGUGGAACGUCUGAAGGUACUUCCUCUGAACACAAGUCACGGAGCAGCUCCCAUCUUUCCCAACAGGAGGUGGCUGUCCGGCCUAAGGAGACCAUUGUGUGCAAGAGGAAAGGAAUGAUUUGUGUAGGUGGAAGGGUCUCUCUCCCGCUUCAGGAGGGAGGUAAAGGCAAUUAUAAAGCUAGUAGCUCCUCUCCAUCAGCUGGUAGUAAGGCCAAGCUUGCACAGAGCAACAAGGGUUCGUGUGGAAGUUCGAGUGGCGUCAGCGGGAAGCACCCCAGCGCUAAACGGCGAACUAGCAGUGAGGAUAGCUCUCUAGAACCUGAUAUGGCAGAGCUGAGUCUGGAUGAUGGCUCUAGCCUGGCACUUGGAGCGGAGGCCUCUAACACCUUUGAUUUCCUUCCUCCUCCGCCAGAGAUGCUGCCAUCACCCAGCCCUCUUCUCCGAGAGCCGCUCAAAUACAGUGGUUCUGCUUCAAAAGAGCGUGCUUUUGAGACAAAACGUGUGCUGCCCUCUGCUGCUGAUGCCCAUGCCUGCUCCAUUGCAGCUCCAGUAGUGGCAGCUAUGGAGAAAGAGGUGGAAGUGGAGGCAGAUCUGGAUGAGAACGGAGGAGACGAAGACCCCGUAGAUGAUACUCGGCCCUCUGCAUCGAUCCCCAGCAAGGAUCAGCGGGGACGCAGAGAGGGAGAUGGGAGCGGGACUUCAGGACCUCAAGCAGCUGAGGCAGCAGGAGCAGAUGCUGUGGGUGAAGAUGACUAUCAAGCUUAUUACCUUAGUGCUGCAUCAGAAGAGGGAGCUGAUAGAGGGGUUGCAGAUGGCAACCAUGAGGAAGAGCCUGACAUCUUUGCUGGGAUUAAACCUCUGGAGCAGGAGGGCAGGAUGGAGAUACUGUUUGCCUGUGCGGAGGCUCUCUAUGCUCAUGGCUAUAGUAAUGAAGCAUGCCGAUUGGCUGUUGAACUUGCUCGAGAUCUGCUGGCUAACCCGCCUGACCUGAAGGUGGAGCAGCCGCAGACAAAGGGUAAAAAGAGUAAAGUGUCAACCACUAAACAGACGCAGGUGGCCACUAACGCCUUGUCUAAAGUAGCCUUUCUGCUGACUGUGUUGAGUGAGAGACUUGAGCUCCAUAACCUGGCAUUCAACACUGGCAUGUUCUCUCUGGAGCUACAGAGACCACCAGCUUCUACUAAAGCUCUGGAGGUGAAGCUGGCAUAUCAGGAGUCAGAGGUGGUGGCCCUGCUGAAGAAGAUUCCUCUGGGUCUUGUUGAAAUGACUUCCAUAAGGGACCGAGCAGAGCAGCUCCGUGAUGGAAACUUCUGUGACUAUCGACCGGUUUUGCCCCUCAUGCUGGCAAGCUUCAUAUUUGACGUACUGUGCACCCCUGUGGUCUCUCCGACGGGCUCUCGACCUCCUAGCCGGAAUCGUAACAAUGAAAUGCCUGGUGAUGAGGAACUGGGAUUUGAGGCAGCUGUAGCAGCUCUUGGUAUGAAGACAACAGUCAGUGAGGCAGAGCAUCCUCUGCUAUGUGAAGGAACACGGAGAGAGAAAGGAGACCUGGCUCUAGCUCUGAUGAUCACUUAUAAAGAUGACCAAAGCAAGCUUAAAAAGAUUCUGGACAAGCUCCUGAAUCGUGAGAGCCAGACCCACAAGCCUCAAACUCUGAGCUCAUUUUACUCAAGCAAACCAGCCACCAGCAGCCAAAAGAGCCCAUCUAAACAUGCCACCCAUGGUGCUAGCGGAGCCACGGGAGGAGUGUCAAAGCACACCACUUCAGCAACAUCAGCUGCUGUGCAGGGCGUGACUGGAGGGGGAGCAGCGGGACAGCAGGGCAGUUUGGUGGGUGGUGGAGUUCAGAGCACGGUGACAGGAGAGGGCAUUGCUGACAACAGAGAUCAAGAGGGUGCACAGUCGACCUCCUGUGAGCAGCAGAGUGAAGCUGCGCCCUUCAAGUCCGAGGGCACUGUGCCCAGUCGUCUGGCACUGGGGGGCCGUGGGGCGUACGGCACACGCUGCUGGGGAUCACCUGUACGGCAGAAAAAGAAACACACCGGCAUGGCAAGCAUUGACAGCAGUGCUCCAGAGACCACCUCAGACAGCUCUCCUACCCUCAGUCGACGUCCACUGCGAGGUGGUUGGACAGCUGCUUCCUGGGGGAGAGGCCAGGACAGUGACAGCAUUAGCAGCUCUUCCUCUGAUUCACUUGGCUCAUCGUCAUCUAGCGGCUCACGCAGAGCUGGAGGAGGAGCCAGAGCCAAGAGUACUGACACCAGCAGGUAUAAAGGCCGCCGGCCUGAAUGCCACGCUCCACAUGUGCCCAACCAGCCAUCCGAGGCAGCAGCCCAUUUUUACUUUGAGCUGGCCAAGACUGUGUUGAUUAAAGCUGGUGGAAACAGCUCCACCUCCAUUUUCACUCAACCCUCUGCCAGCGGAGGCCAUCAGGGGCCCCACCGCAACCUGCAUCUGUGUGCCUUUGAAAUUGGCCUGUAUGCCCUCGGCCUGCAUAAUUUUGUCUCUCCAAACUGGCUGUCAAGGACAUAUUCCUCACAUGUAUCCUGGAUUACAGGCCAGGCUAUGGAGAUUGGGAGUGCUGCCCUCAACAUCCUUGUGGAAUGCUGGGAUGGGCACCUCACACCUCCGGAGGUGGCAUCACUCGCAGACCGUGCAUCACGAGCACGGGAUCCCAAUAUGGUGCGUGCUGCGGCAGAGCUAGCCUUGAGCUGCUUGCCUCAUGCUCACGCCCUCAAUCCCAACGAGAUUCAGAGAGCCCUGGUGCAGUGCAAGGAGCAGGAUAAUAUGAUGCUGGAGAAGGCUUGCAUGGCAGUUGAGGAGGCUGCAAAGGGAGGUGGUGUUUAUCCGGAGGUCUUGUUUGAGGUGGCUCACCAGUGGUAUUGGCUGUAUGAGCAAACAGUGGGUGGAGGCUCUGGGGCCCAGCGAGAGGGGUCUGGCCGCUGUGGGGCCAAUGGUGGAGCAAGAAGAACGCCACCCGAGGGAAUCUGUGGUAUCCUGGAUAACACGGGUGUCUUGGACUCUUCAGGUGUAGCAGCUGUAACUACAACAGUGACUGCAGCCGCUGUAGUUCCUGUCAUUUCUGUCGGCUCCACCAUCUUCCAGUCACACGCGCUGCCGGGCUCAGCCAUGGCACACACGCAAGGCCUGCAUCCCUACACCACCAUCCAAACCCAUCUGCCCACCAUCUGCACCCCGCAGUAUUUGGGUCACCCCCUUCAGCAUGUUCCCCGUCCUGCUGUCUUCCCUGUGUCUGGGGCGGCCUACCCACAAGGAAUGCACCCUGCUUUUAUUGGUGCUCAGUACCCAUUCUCUGUGGCUACUGGCCCUCAUCCUCCUAUGGCAGCAACUGCUGUCACUUUCCCUGGAGUCCCAGUGCCGUCCAUGACUCAGAUCGCUGUCCACCCAUACCAUACCACAGAGGCAGCCCUGCCUCUUAGCACUACUGUGGCAGGAGGAGUACACUCAGGCGCCACCAUCCAGGCCAUUCAGGGGGCUUCUCUUCCUGGACUCUCGCCCCAGCCCGCCUCACUGGUCAGCACACCUUUCCCUGUGGAAGACGAGCAGCACAGUCAACCAGUCAGCCAGCAGGGCCUGCACUACCUCCACUCGGCCUACAGAGUCGGCAUGCUGGCCUUGGAGAUGUUGGGAAGGAGGGCCCACAACGAUCAUCCAAACAACUUUUCCCGUAGCCCCCCGUACACCGAAGACGUCAAGUGGCUGUUGGGCCUGGCUGCGCGUCUUGGUGUGAACCAUGUGUACCAGUUUUGCAUGGGGGCAGCGAAAGGUGUUCUUAGUCCGUUUGUCCUUCAGGAGAUCAUUAUGGAGGCUCUGCAGAGGUUAAAUCCUGCACAUAUCCACGCACACCUCCGCACUCCUGCCUUCCACCAGCUCGUGCAGCGCUGCCAGCAGGCCUACUUACAGUACAUCCACCAUAGGCUGAUCCAUCUGACUCCCGCCGACUACGACGACUUUGUGAACAUCAUCCGAAGUGCCCGCGGGGCGUUUUGCCUGACACCAGUUGGCAUGAUGCAGUUCAACGAUGUGCUGCAGAACCUGAAGAGGGGCAAACAGACUAAAGAACUAUGGCAGCGGAUCUCGUUGGAGAUGGCCACUUUCUCACCCUGACUGCUCUAGAGACCAGCGGAGACCGAGCCGCCCAAUCUCCUGCAGCUAUCUUCCCCACACACCGCUAAAACAGCUCAAUCCCACACGCAGCACUCUCUGUUCCCCUCCAUAGGAAAGUGUAGCCAUGAUGACUUCCUGGACAAGCCCACCCACAUGACCGAACAUUUAGUCCUUCAGGCCCUGAAGUCAUGAGAAAGUGGUGCAGAGAUACUGGGGCGAGUGAUUACUCCAGUCAGUGGGUCCCUCCUUUGUUAAGUUGUUGCUCUCAGUGUUGUGUCUGAUCUUGUUUUUGGUCUCUUUUUUUUGUUUUUUUCGGUGUGUUCAGUCGAGUAACUUAAUGGCUAUCUAUGUUUUAUCUUUGUCCUAACAUCUUUCAUUCACUGAUUUCUAUGCUUUGCAAUCCCAGAGUUAAUUUAGAUGGUUAAUACGGGGACAGAUGUUCUCACUUGCUAUGUUGGUGUUUGGUUCACGUUUAAACAAAACCACUAAAUGUCAAGACUCGUACUGCAACAUUCCUCUACCCUGGAGAACAGAGCCUCCAUCGGCCUUUAAGGAUUUCAAAGUUGGAUAGUGGAUGGCAUUGUAAACAUGAGGAGAAUAAAAACACAACUUUGUUAAAAAAAUAAAAGAGACAUUUAUUAUGAAACAAUA